UUUGAAAAUCGAUACCCUUGCACUGAAUAUGCACACGUGUAAUUUAGAUUUUUAUUUCCUUCCGCGUAAUUUCAAACUUUCUGGUCCAUGCACAUCCGGAAAUAAAUAUAGAAUGAUAACACGUUUACAGCGGACAUUUAAGAAAUCUUAAAGGACAUGGAUUUUAGUCAAUAUUACAUCACUAUUUGCCUGGUAAUGUUAUCCACACGGACCUCGCCGAUGUCCGAGUAUGCAUUCAAAGUACUUCCAGUUGAACAUUGUCCUGCUAGCAAAGAAGGUUGGGGAAUGGCAUCCUCUCGAUUAGGAUGUAACAGUACACAUGGAUAUCAGUGUGUUCCUAAUAAACACCUGACUUCUCUCAUUGAGUUUUGUUACCCAAUGGGUGUCCAUAUCCUGUUUGAAAAAGGGAGUUGCCUUGAAUUGGCUGCUCAUGGAUUUCUAAAUCAUGUUCCCUGCAGCAAAACGUUUAAGUUCGGGUGCCCAGACGGAUUCUAUUUUAGCAACGAAAUAUAUAAAUAUCCAAGUUGCCUUGCAAUCGAUACAGCGCUGAAGUGUUUUUAUGCCGACUUCAAUUGCAUUUACUCAAAACUUAUCAAAAAUCAAACCAGAGUUGUAACAAAUCAAACCAAAGUUAUUAUAAACCAAAGCGUCAUCUGUGGAGAGGAAAACUGUUUCAACUCAAUUAAUGUUACAGCUAUUUUGAUGGCUGUGAUAUUUGGUAUAAUUUCUUUGAUACUGGCUUCAGUUUUACUAGUCAAGAGAAGAAACAUUAGACUUAAGAAAAAGAAAGACUUGCAAGAUUUGGAAAAUGCCAAAGGAUUGCUUUAGCAACAUAUCGAUAAACCAAUAAUAACAAAUACCGACUCUUGCGAACAACAUGCUGGACAUUACGCAGCAAAGAAUGUACAUACUAAUACACUGCAGUUGUUGAAAUGCCAUAAAAAGGCAUCUCAAUAUAAAUAUCCUCCAUAUGUGCGAAAAUGCACAUUAUGAUAUGAUUGUGAAAAUUGCCAAAGUUUUUUUUUUCCUUCAAUGAUAGAGGACAUUAGAGAAAAGUUGAAGUGUAGAUUUUUUUUUCAUCCACGAUAAAGCUGUUGCAGAAGAAAAAUGAAUCAAGACAUUGAAACAUAUCCUUAUAUAGCAAAGUCAGGGAAAGCACGAAAAAAAAAACAAUUUACAAUAUACUGAGCAAUAUUUGUCCCAACAGUAUCCGAACUUAAUAGUAUCAAGAAGACAAAUUUCAUUUGAUUAAAAAUUAGUUUGAAUAUACAUGUACAUUUAUGCAUGCUCCUUGUUACCAUACUUCUGUAAUCAAACUAUCAUACUUAUCUAUAUAAUUUUUCAUUAAUACUAGUAGUUAUAUUUUCAAUGUAGAUUGGUUGCAUCUCCUAUAGAAAAUUUAAUUAUUUACAUACCUGUAGUUAAUUUCAUGCUGUCAAUAUUUGA